GCUGCGCUGCGCCACUGUGGCCAUUCUUCUGUAGGCGUAACGUGGCACAGAAAAGCAGUACUUGCUACACUUAAGGAUUAUCUCUCACAGAUCGUUAUUGCUAUUCCAGAUGAAGAAAUUGAGCUGGGUACUGUUGCUAAGCCUCAUAAGCCGCAUAGCGAUGGCAGUUGGCAAAGCUGAAGCGAUGGACUCCUUUUCAACUCACAGGUUUCAACAUGACUCAUUGAAAGCCGACGACGGUAGUACAGCAAAGGGUGACGUGUAUGCAGGUGCUGAGUAUAAGGUGAAUGACAUCCAUACCAGUAACACAACGGACAAUCCUAUCGAAAACGUUGCCCGAAAUCUGAAAGAAAUGAUGAACAUGCUCCGGGGCACAUAUGAAUGCCUUAUGAAAAGAAUUAACUUGCUCAAGUAUGAAUUAAAUCUUUUGUAUCAAAAUAUCACUGAAGCUAGAUACCGAGCCACCGUGGUUGAUUGCUCAGACAUGUUGGAAAUCACUAAUAAAUCUGGAUAUUUUACACUUUACAUGGACACAGGCGAUAGGAAACCACUUAGAGUGUACUGUGACUUGGACACCGAAGGAGGAGGCUGGACCGUGAUACAGGUACGUCGACCUUCAGUUAUGGAUGUGACGUUUGACAGAAAAUGGAACGAAUACUUCAAAGGCUUUGGUUCGCCUGACACACAACAAUUCGUGGGUAUAUCAAACUUAUACACGUGGAUGUUAACACGAAUGUAUGAGUUACGGGUCAACGUUCGGGACCACGAGGGAGAAGCAGCCUAUGCUAAAUACGAACGCUUUCACUUAGAAGGUGAACAUUGCGGAUACAGAAUGAUGCAGUUCGUUUCUUCUGGACCGGCAGGAGAUUCUCUUGAAUUUGCAAUAAGUAUACAAAUAGAAGAAUCUCAAGAUGAAAUAUACAUCCGUCACGGCAUGAAGUUUAGCACCAGCGAUCGUGACUACACCACAUCCAAUUGCUCGCAGGAAUACAAGAGUGGGUGGUGGUUUAACGAUGACUGCGGGAAAUCUAACUUGAACGGACCUUACUUGGGCUACGGUGAACACGAUGAUGGAAGGAAAGGAAUCUGGUGGAAAACAUUUCGUAAAAGUUCCCUGCAUAGCUGCACCAUGAUGAUUAGGCCAAGAUAUCCUAUCAACACAAUAUUUCAUGUUUUAUUCAAACCCAUAUAUCUUGAUGUGUAGUAGGCUCGCACACGCACGCGUCCAAGUACCGCCUGUAGUAUGCGAACCCAUGAUUUUUUUUUUUUCUUUUUACUUAGUGACUUUUACUUAUAAAUUUGUUUAACAUUAUGUGUGUGUGUGUGUGUGUGUGUGUGUGUGUGUGUGUGUGUGUGUAUGUGUGUUAACGCCCUCAUAGGAUUCAAUGAUAUACAGAUAAUAAGAUCUGCUCUUGAAAAUUCAUUGUUGCAUUUUGACGUAACAAUAUUUGUGUUAUUAUUGUAAAAUGUUAGUUGAACACUAAGUUUAGUGUUAAUACUCAGAAAAUAUUCAUAUUUUUAUAUGAUCUUGAAUCAAUGUUACAAAUAUGAGUUUUCAACUUUUAUUUUUCUAUAUUGUUAAAAAUAAUCAAGUAUUGCUUACCACAAACAGCCUCUUAACACGUUCCGUGCUAUGCGACCCACUGGUGGGUCAAGGGCACUUCUCUUUUGGUGUUAUAUGAUCCACCGGUGUGUCAGCUUUAGUUAUUUUGUCAUUUUUUCUAGGUCUCCAGUAUAUGAAUUUAUAUUUG